AUGGAGGAAAAUUCUCACAUUUCCAAAAACGCAAAAGAUAAUCUCGCUUUUCAUGCCAACGAAGCUACAGUAGCUCUCAAUGUCGCCGAAUUAGCCCGUGAAAUCAAUUCUGCCCAUUCCAAAAAAUCCGCCGAUGCUGCCUAUGCCUACCACACAACGAAUGCCGCAUUAGCUCAGCAAAAUGCUGUUGCAGCCGAUGCUAAGGUCGAAGGUUACAAGCGUAUUUCAGCUCUGGCAUCACAAAACGCCAAAGAAGCUAUUCUCGAUCAUACACGCGCGGUCCAGGGGGUCCAAGACGCCCAAACUCUUGCUCAGCAUAGUCAAUUCAACAUUCAGCAGAUCAAGCAAAGCCUUGGAGAGCCCGACUUGGAUCUAAGCCAUUUUGUCCUAGAUACAUCGAUUAAUUCUGGAAAAAACACAGAUUCUAACAGGAUCAAAAAUGCUUUUCACGACGAUAUCGUAAGAAUUCAGAAUGCUAUCAGAACUUUUAUUCAAAAGGCCGAUCAUGACGAUCCCAUUACGCUUCUCAAUGGUCAGACAUUCCAGCUGAUAGAAAAAUUGUUUCACAUGCACAACAAAAAGAACCUGGCUAUUUUCGAAGAAAUCAUGAAUCAAAACGGACUUGUAUAA